CAGUUCCGCACAGCAGCGACGCUGCACGCAAUGCGGAAGUGGUCAGCGUGCUUCUAUGACAACGGCAGUAAACAACAUGGCGCCGUGUGUGUGAUCUCAACUUCAUCACCCCCCCAUCUCUCUCUCUCUCUCUCUCUCUCUGAAAGGAAGGCCUAUCGAUAUGUCGUCAAAAAGAGACAACAAGCUCAGCACCUGUGGCAACCGGAGGAGAUCGAGCGCGACUAAAGAGGAUGUGAAGCGGAUGUGUCCGCAGCAGCGGGCCCGGUACCUGGCCUACGAGGAGCCGCCGAAAGAGGCGAAGACCUGGAUGGCGAUGUCUCGGCAGCGGGUGUCCGCCUGGGAGUCUUCCGGCGCUGGGGGGAAGAGACAUACAACUGUCGGUCAUCAUCGCUGCGACGAGAGGGACGAGGAAGAGAAGAAACGGCAAGACCUGAUCAUAGGACAGCUGAAGGCCGCGGAAGCCCGCAACAGAGUUCGGCAGAUGAGACUUCAGUAUCGGAGUAUGAGGACCCAGGAAAUCAAUCUAAUGAUUUCGUGCCAGUCCAGCGCCCAGACCGCCGUCCGUCUUGAGUUGCUGCUGCCAACGGAGGAAAGCAAGAUAAAUACCAUCGAUUGUCUGGACAAACUGCAGAGAAAGCGAGUCGAGGAGAUCCUGGACGACGAGAAAGGAUUGACGAUAACCCGCCGUUGAGAGUCGAGACCUGCCGUCCUCCUGCUUUGUAACCGUCCUCCUGCUUUGUAACCGUCCUCCUGCUUUGUAACCGUCCUCCUGCUUUGUAACCGUCCUUUUUGUAACAAAAAGGGAACUGUCUAUUCCACUGCUCUGGCUUCAUAGAAACUCUACUGUACAUUUUCUUACCGUUUCAAAAGUCUCUCUCUCUCUCUCUCUCUCUCUCUCUCUCUCUCUCUCUCUCUCUCUCUCUCUCUCUCUCUCUCUCUCUCUCUCUCUCUCUCUCUC